GGAAGCUUAAUGGCUGAGACCCAGAGGAAGCUCAGAUGCCAGGAACUUGGGUCAAGAUGGAGCAAGACCAGAGAAAUGGGCUGCUCUGGAUUUCAGUGUGCAAUGCUUUGACACCAAAAAUUCUGGGAAAUCCUGAGGCAGGAAGUGAAAGGGAGUGAGGGCCAAAGGAGAAACAACACAUUGGGUUUCCUUCUGGUCCCUUCUGGUCUGACUCCCCUCUCCCAAAUGGUAAAAUUGAGGAAGUCAGGGGAACUUAAAAGAAGCAGAAGAGGAGGAGAGCCAAGCUGACCGCACGUCCAACUCCUCCACACACACAAUCGCUGCCCCUGUUCCGAUUUUAAUUCCUUCUCCUUAUUAUUGACUUCCCCAAGUCGAGAAAACAGAAGAUCCCAGCUCAUAGACCCCUGGGCUUUCAGACACGAAGACCAGCAGGACUCUGCUCACAUAUGUGACUCAUCCUUUGGCCACCUCUACCCCCAACUCUCCAGGAUUUAGUUUUUUCCAGCUCUGGUCAUCGCUGCACAAAGAACCCAAGGAUCCCAGCCUGCAGGCUUUCCACAGCUCUGACAGCCUCGGUGGUCGUGUUGGUGCCAGCAUGCCAGUGAAUUAUGAAAACUUUCAGGACUCGGAGAGUGAGAACCAAAGCCCGGGGCUUAGAAUUGGGCUGCCUCCCCUCCUUCCUCCCUUCCUGCAGACACUCUGUUCCAGCUCCCGCCUCCUGCUGCUCUCCCUGGGCCUCAGCCUCAUGCUGCUGGUUGGCGUCUGUGUGAUCGGAUUCCAAAAUUCCACGUUUCAGAGGGACCUGGUGACCCUGAACAACUCCACAUCACAAACUGAGCUUCAGGUCAAGUCCCUGAUAUCCCAGGGUGACAGUUUGCAAAAGACGAUAACACCUCUGAAAGCAGGGGUGGGGAAUCUCAGGCAGGAACUGCAAGCAGCCCGUAGCAUGAACGACAAGGUGUUUUCCCUGGAGAAGAAGCUGGAGGAGGAGCAGCAGACACUCAAAGCAGAUUAUGCUGAAAUACGCCUCCUAGUCCAGCAGCUGGCCAAAGACCUGACAGCCCUGACUUGCCAGGCGGCUGCCCUCAAGAGCAAUGGCUCUGCCAGGGCCUGCUGCCCCCUUAACUGGCUGGAGCAUGAAGGCAGCUGCUACUGGUUCUCUCGCUCUAAGAAGCCCUGGCCCGAGGCUGAGAAGCAGUGCCAGCUGCAGAACGCCCACCUCGUGGUCAUCAACUCCAGAGAGGAGCAGGAUUUUGUCCAGGAACAUACAGGCUCCUCAUUCACCUGGAUGGGGCUCAGUGAUCCUACAGGAGUCUGGAAAUGGGUGGAUGGGACAGACUACAAGACCAACUUCCAGAACUGGAGUCCAAGCCAGCCAGAUGACUGGGAUGGACAUGGGCUGGGCCCAGGUGAGGACUGUGUCCACUUCAACCCGGAUGGCACGUGGAAUGACAAUGCCUGCCAGAGGCCAUUCCACUGGGUCUGUGAGACCAAGAUGGACAAGGCCAGCUAGCAGAGUGUCAGAGGGGCUCCCUGUAGACCACCCAGCUGCAGAAAUGGGAUCAGGGGAGAGGGGCCCUUCUCCAGAGACGCCUAACGAGACCUCUGUGGGAGAGGAACAAGCCCUGUGAGAUGGGAGCACUGCCCUCAGCCUGAAUUGUGUUCCUCUCAACUGUCAAAAGACUAUAUAAAGGUCCUAAGGUUUUUUAAAAAAUUUCAGCUUCGUUGAGGCAUUAUUGACAUAGAAAAUCGUAAGAUGUUUAAGGCUUACUUUCUGGUGAUUUGACAUAUAUGUUGAUACACACAUUGAUAGAUACAUUGUGAAAAGACUCCCCCCAUCUUGGUAGUUAACACAGCCAUCACCUCACCUAGUUAUCUUUGUUUUCUUUUUGGUGAGGACAUUUAAGUUCUACUCUCUUCGUAAAUUUCAAUUAUUCAAUACAGUGUUAUCAACUGUAGUCACCAUGUCAUACAUUCGAUCCUCAGACCUUGUUCAUCUCAUUGCUGAAAGUUUGUGCCCUUUGACCAACCUCUCCCCAUUUCCCCUCCCCCCAGCCCCUGGCCACCACUUUUCUACUCUCUGUUUCACCCACUUUGCCUUAUUUAUUAAUUUAUUUUCGAUUCCAUGUAUAAGGGAUACCAUGCACUAUUGUUUUUGUCUCUCUGGCUCAUCUCACUUACCAUAAUGCCCUCAAGCUCCAUCGUGUUGUUGCAACAGGCAAGAUUUCCUUCUUUCUCACGGCUGAAUAGCAUUCCAUUGUAUGUAUAUGCCCCACAUCUCCUUCACCCAGUCAUCUAUUGAUGGACACAGGUGGUCUCAAUAUCUUGGCUGUUCUGAACAAGGCUG